AUGUCAAGUUCUGGACCUGCGAUUGAGGUGUCCACAGAAUUGAAGCAGAACGUUUUUGGCGAAGACCCAGUGAUACCCGAAUUUGCCAAAGAUACCCAAUCUGGCAGUUCUUUCGCAAACAUUACUCAGUGGAAAGAGCUCGGUGCAUAUUUAGAGGGCUUACAAAGAAUCACACCUGGUUCCUCUGACUCAGAAAACAGCGAUCUACAAUCCAAAAAUCCGCUCUCCAGACCGGUUGUGUAUCGUAUUUGCAACCAUUGCGACAGACCUAUCUUGGAGAAAUAUUUAGCAGAUCAUCUCAAGAGCUGCGAGCAGGAAAAACGUAACAAAACCUUAACGGCAGAAAAAUCCAAUACCGCCAUUACGAAUAACGCCAUGAAGAAACGGCGGUUGGACGAAGCUGCAGAAAAUCUGUCAAGCUCACUUAACUCUCCGGAUGUUGAGGAAAACAAAAUGAACGGUGCCAACGGGGCGUCCAAAAAGCAGAAAGUCGCGAAAGUGCCCAAGGAAAAGAAAGUCAGGAAAAGCGUCAAGCCAAAAAUUACCGGAAAGCCAAAGGGACCUGUUGAUGUGGAGAAACAGUGUGGUGUCCCGCUGCCGAACGGUGGUUUCUGUGCGCGGUCCUUGACCUGUAAGACGCAUUCCAUGGGAGCCAAACGAGCCGUUCCGGGGAGAAGCGCGCCGUACGACCAGCUGCUUGCUGCGUAUCAGCGCAAGAACCAGGCUAAAAUCGGUGCUGCUGCUGCUGCUGCUCAGCAAGCUCAAGACGACCUUAUGCAUGGUUCGUCUGUUCCGCUGGACGACGAAGAGGAGACACAUCAGGUUUUGGAUGGCGUGACGAGAUCGACGCCAUGGCCUUUGGAGCGGAAAGUGAUAAUGCCUACUAAAAUACGCAACUCAUUUAUUCGCAUGAGAGAAAUGUUUGCUGGUGCUAUACUGCCUAGAAUGCCGUCCAAUCCGCUGGGACAAAUGCAAGGGCGUACUGCGGUCGUGGACACAGAGAAAACCACUGAGUACGUUUUCCCUGUGCGGUCUCAGCAUCAACGGAUGGCACCCUCGACGCAGGUGCGGUCGGCCGCACCUAUGGCCAAGCCAAGUCCCCAGGGUGCCGUUGAUGUUCAUUCGCAAAUCUCGGCCCAGGCCCAGCUGCUCGCUCAGCAGCAGCAGCAGCUCAGACUUGCCCAGGCCAAGAAACAGCAGCAACAAGCACAGAUGCAAGCUAAAUACCAGGCCCAGCAGCUGGCUGCAGGGGUCGUUCCUCAGCAGGAUAAACACAUGCAAUUGACUCCGCAGCAACAGCAGCAGAUGAUGAUGAGGCGGCGGAUGUAUUUGCAACAGCAGUCGCAACAACUGCGGCAACAACAGCAGCAGUAUAUUAACCCCCAGUACAAGAGUCAACAGGAGAUGAUGAUGAAUCAACGCCAGCAAUAG